AUGUUGUCAAACCAAUUCAUUCUCUCCUUCUUCCUUCUUCUCUGUCUCCCCAUCGUCUUCUUCCUUGUUUCUCCUCAUGUCUUCCCUCAUCCUCCCCGCGAAUAUCUCAUCCCUAUCGUCGAUGAGAUCGACGAUCAGAUCCUAUUCCGUCGCGCCUCCACCGGAUCCGUCAACAUCACCAGACCCAGACCCAGCAACGGCUCCAUCUUCCAGAAUGCCUUCAUCACCUCCUCUAAACGCACUUCACGCUCCUCCCCCACUCUAAUCUCCGCCACGCGCCGUCUCUUCGCCACCGCUCUCCUCGACGAUCCCGCCAACGCUUACUUCACAGUCCUCUCUCAGUACUGUAUUCCUCUCCACUCCUUCAGAUUCGUCUACCAGUCCCUCUUCGAAUCACCCAGUUUCGAUAGAUCAAACCCGGAUCCAACCUCCAAAGGGAUCCGAGUCUGGUACCAGAGUUUCAUCGAGCUCAUCUCUGAUGAACCCAGGCUUUGGAAACGCUACAUUGCUCGUGGAAGAUACGCUAUGUUACCUCAAGUCCCAUUUGAGAAAUUCCGAGUGGGUUCUCACUUCUUUGUCAUGACAAGGAAACAUGCUCUCCUCACUGUCAAAGAUCGGAUCAUGUGGAGAAAAUUCAAGCUUCCUUGUUACCGUUCCGACGAGUGUUACCUGGAGGAACAUUACUUUCCGACGUUGAUGAACAUGAAGGAUCCAGGGGGUUGCACUGGUUACACUCUCACCCGAGUCAACUGGACUGGUACUGUUAAGGGACAUCCUUACACCUACAGGCCUCAUGAAGUCUCCUCCGACUUGAUGCACCAGCUCCGGCUAUCUAACCACACAAGCUCAUACUUUUUCGCUAGAAAGUUUAUGCCCACUUGCUUGAAACCUUUGCUGGCUAUUGCAGACUUGGUCAUCUUUAGGGAUUGA